GAACAUUACUCCUUCAAAGGCCUGGCCUUAAUUAUAGUUAAAAACCCCGCUCAAAAAGGGAUCAUACUCAUUACUAGGAGCUGUCGAGUGACUCUCUCUCUCACACACACAUCACAUAAAAACUGUGUGUUCUUCGCUGCGCUCGAACAUUUCACUCGAUUUCUUCUGAAAUUCAGAAUUCAAAUUGAAUUCCUGUACGUCCAUACAAAUUCAUCUGAAAAGAGAGGAAAAAACGAUAGCGGAUUGGAGGCGAGAGCUUUUCAGCUGAGUGAUUUCCGUUUUUCUCUCAGAUUAAGAUUUAUUAUUGUUUCGUUUCUUCGUGAAGAAAAUUCGGCCGGAGGAUUUUGAAGAAAAAUUUAAUUAGUUUGAAGCUGUUGAUGACGCCGCCGAAGCUACAACGGAAAAUGUUGUGGUAGUGUUCGAAGGACGAAGGUCUGGCUAAUUCUGGAUGCAGCGAGGCUACACAGGAUAUGAUCCACCGGUUGAAUCUGCACAUCUGUCUUACUAUCUGGAUGCUUUUAGCUUAAAAUUUGGUAUUUGUUGUGUUCAUUUACUGUUCUAGUUGGGACCGAGUUGAGUAGAGGGGAAAGUUCGUAGCUGAAAGUUAAGGAGUCCUACGUUAGAGCAAUUAAUCACGAUGGCGUUAGUGGUUGUGUAAACUUGCACUUAUAAGAGGAAUAUUGUUGGAGAAGUAGUAGUUGGGGUUCUGGUUCUUGAGUAUUUAUGAAUCUUUCCUUGUACGGAAUCAGGGAGAUCAUCCAACAUAAAUCAUCAACCAUCAAAGUCGUAUAUGUGAACAUUUAUUUCCUCAUGAAACUCUGCUCUCCUCACCUGCUUCAAUCCAUCCUCAUCAUACUUUCCCUUGUAUCUCCACUGUGUGCUGACUUAAACUCAGAUAAACAAGCUCUUCUUGCAUUUGCUGAUGCAGUACCCCAUGCCCCAAAGCUCAACUGGAGCAACACUACUCAGAUUUGCACUUGGAUAGGCAUCACCUGUGAUUCCAAUGGGUCCCGUGUUUCCGCUCUUCGACUUCCUAGCCUUGGACUCACGGGCCCCAUUCCUUCCGACACUCUUGGAAAACUGGAAGCUUUGGAAGUUCUCAGCCUUAGAUUGAAUAGCCUCACCGGAAGUAUACCUUCUGAUGUCCUCUCUCUUCCUUCCCUCCAUCAUCUCUUCCUUCAACAUAACAACUUCACAGGUAACAUUCCGGCUUCAUUUCCUUCCCACAUGAAUGUAUUAGACCUUUCUUUCAAUUCCUUCACCGGAAAAAUCCCGGAAUCUCUCCAGAAUUUGGCACGCCUAACCAAAUUAAACCUCCAAAAUAACUACCUCUCUGGUUCUAUCCCCAAUAUCACAUUCUCAAAGCUCAAAAAUCUCAACAUAAGCUACAAUCAUCUCAACGGUUCUAUUCCAUCUUCCCUUAAAACUUUCCCAAAUUCAUCAUUUAUUGGGAACUCUUUCCUGUGUGGACUACCUCUGAAUCCCUGUUCACCUCCACUGCCACCUCCGCCUGCUCAUACACCACCACCACCACCUACCGGGGAUCAUCAAGAAAAAAGCUCAAAGAAAUUUCCUUUAUGGGCUAUUAUUGCCAUAGCGGUUGGAGGAGGGGUUGCAGUUAUACUUUUGAUGAUCAUUUUAUAUUUCUGCUGUUUCAAGAAAAAGAAAAGGAAUAGGAAUGAGAAUGAGAAUGGGAAUGGGAAUGGGAAUGUGAGCAGUGUACGAAGAGCAAAGUCUUCUUCUGUUGGUGGAAGGAGUGAGAAGCCUAGGGAAGAAUUUGGUGGUGAAGUACAAGAGGUUGAAAAUAACAAGAUGGUUUUCUUUGAAGGCUGUUCUAGUAAUUUCGAUCUUGAGGAUUUAUUGCGUGCUUCAGCAGAGGUGCUUGGAAAGGGUAGUUUUGGAACAACAUAUAAGGCAACAUUAGAGGAGUCGGUAACCGUGGUUGUGAAAAGGCUGAAAGAUGUGGUGGCAGGGAAGAAAGAGUUUGAACAGCAAAUGGAGAUGAUAGGGAGAGUUGAACCACAUCCGAAUGUUGUCCCACUUCGUGCUUAUUAUUACUCUAAGGAUGAGAAGCUACUUGUCUAUGAUUAUCUCUCAAGUGGUAGCCUCUUGACACUCUUACAUGGAAACAGAGGAGGCGGUAGAACUCCAAUAGACUGGGAAACAAGAGUAAAAGUGACACUCGGAGCUGCACGAGGCCUUGCACAUAUCCACGCUAUCGGCGGCCCAAAAUUCGUUCACGGAAACAUAAAAUCGUCAAAUGUCCUUAUUACCCCUGAUGGAGAAGGCUGCAUCUCGGACACCGGUUUAUCCCCGCUCAUAAAGCAACACCCACCCACCACAUCCCGCCACACCAUCGGCUACAAAGCUCCUGAAGUCCUGGAAAUCCGAAAACACUCCCAUAAAUCCGAUGUCUACAGCUUCGGUGUCCUCCUCCUCGAGACACUCACCGGAAAACAACCUCUCCAAUCUCCGGGAAGAGUAGGAGGAGAAGACAUGGUGGAUCUCCCAAAGUGGGUCCAGUCUGUGGUGAGGGAAGAAUGGACUGCUGAGGUGUUUGAUGUCGAGCUUAUGAAAUUUCAAAACAUUGAGGAGGAGAUGGUGCAGAUGUUGCAGAUCGGUAUGGCUUGUGUUGUGCAAACCCCGGAUUCCCGACCCUCCAUGGAUGAAGUUGUUAAGAUGAUUGAAGAGGUUCGUGUAUCUAAUUAAUUAAAGACAUCGCCAAUUGUGAUUUGUGCAGACACCUUACCUUCGUUUCUGUAAGUUUACAUGCAUGAGGUUGAUUCAAAAUUUUACCAAAAUUAUGUUUCGUCUUUUCGUUUUUAGGAGUGGAGAGCAUUAGUCAUUAGAUUAGCUUUUCUUUCUCUUCAUUUGUUGAAAGAUUACAUUUUUUAAGUUGAUUAAUCAUUAAUCGUCUAGUUGGAUUGGGUAUUGGGUUAGCCUGCUAACACUUUACUGUACUUUUCUUUUUAUUUAGAUAAUUAACAUAUUAAAUGUGAUUAUAAAAUAUCAGUUGUUGCCUGUUGGUUCUA